GGUCAGUCAGUUUCCGGUCGUGACAAUAUCGUGGGAUUUAUGGGACUGCGUGGGACUUAUGUAGACUUGCACGCAGAAAUGUCGUACGCGUAACGCGACGGUCGCUUGUUAUGUUUGACCGUUCCGUCGCGGGUGAUCUCGGUAGUGUAUCGCGUCGACGUCGCGUCUCCGCAGAAACGAUCGCAGUCCAAUCCCAUCGACCUUACGGUUUCCCCAUCUUCUUUCUUGCCUUCCUGCUAUUACCCUUGGCGUCCACAGUUCGGUGACACAGCGUCGGAGUGACGUGUGCGGCCCGAAGAAGCAUGCAGUUUUAUAAAGACAGACUGUUGUCGUCCGGCCAGCUGAAACGGCUCAGUGAGCACAAGUAUAGCUGCACGAGCAAUAGCAUCCUCGACGGCCUCCUGCAACCAUGGUGGGACUGGCUGGUCAGCAAGGUGCCGCUUUGGCUCGCACCCAAUCUCAUCACCGUGCUCGGCCUGAUUGUCAACAUCGUCACCACCCUGAUCCUUGUCUAUUAUAGCCCGGACGCGAGGGCCGAGGCACCUAGGUGGGCAUGUUUUUUAUGUGCACUUGGUCUGUUUAUAUAUCAGAGUUUAGAUGCUAUCGAUGGUAAACAAGCCAGGAGAACUGGCACGUCUACACCAUUGGGCGAAUUGUUUGAUCAUGGAUGUGAUUCAAUAUCAACAGUGUUUGUAGCUUUGUCAGCGUGUAUAGCUGUACAAUUAGGACAUUACCCAACGUGGAUGUUUUUCCAGUGUUUCUGUGCAAUGACGCUUUUCUACUGCGCUCAUUGGCAAACCUAUGUUUCAGGUUCCUUGAGAUUUGGUAAAGUGGAUGUAACAGAAGCACAGUUUACAAUCAUAACUAUUCAUCUGAUUUCUGCAAUCUUUGGCCCACAAAUCUGGAUGAUAGAGAUACCAUUCUUAGAUGGUUUUAUGUUUAAGUAUUUAUUAGGAGUUAUGACAGUGGUGUGUGCACUGGCAAAUUUAUAUUCCAUAUUUUCGGUGAUUUUCACCGGAGGAGUGGGCAAGAAUGGUUCCACUGUGGCUAUUCCCAUGCUCGGUGUAGGCACGUUCAAAAACUACGUAGCAUUGGCCUUUUAUGCAGGCUACGUUCACGUGUUCCUUGAAUUCUGUAAAGUCUUUGAAUCUGGUGGGAUUGGAAAAAAUGGUUCCACAAUUGCAUUGCCAUAUACUGGCACAGAGGUGAAGGUGUUUCCGUUAUGGGCUGCUGUGGGCAUCGCUAUUUUACUUGCACAGAGCAGCAUAUCCGUCAUUCUCGCCGGUGGUGUCGGAAAAAAUGGCUCCACCGUCGCAGGAACAUCCGUUUUAUCGCCAAUUAUACCAUUUAGUUUUGUGGUAGUACCGGCUUUUAUAAUAUAUAGAAAAAGCGCCGAACAUGUCUACGAAAACCACCCAGCCUUGUAUAUACUUGCGUUUGGAAUGGUGGCGGCCAAAGUUACAAAUAGACUAGUGGUUGCUCAUAUGACUAAAAAUGAGAUGCAAUAUUUGGACAGUUCAUUAAUUGGUCCAGCUAUGCUGUUCCUUAAUCAAUAUUUCAACUUUUUCAUCAAAGAAUACUAUGUUCUUUGGCUGUGUUUCAUCUGGGUCACUCUGGAUCUCUUCCGGUAUAGUGCUCAAGUAUGUCUUGAAAUUUGCGAUCACAUGAAGAUCAAAUUAUUCAGGAUACCAUGCAACCAUCACACAGGCGCUAACCAGAUCAACGCCACCGAGAAAAAUGGUACUAAUAGGUCACAACGUAACAGAUUGCAUAAGAAACAUCAUUAG